AUGUCGUGCUCGGGGGCCCUGUCGCUCGACCCGCCCGUCUGUCGUACGACUGCCGCCGGCGGUGUCUCCAAGCACAAGAUGAUCAACAUGUGCGACCGGAAGCUGGCCUUCAAGGUCAAGUCCUCCAACAACUCCAACUACAGCGUCUCCAAGGUGGUCGGCUUCAUCGACAUUGGCGAGAAGCAGGAUUUUGUCAUCACCCGUAUCAAGGGUCCGCCCCGCGGCGACAAGAUGGUCUUCCAGUUCAUCCAGGCCGGCGACGCCACCGACGCCGCCAAGCUGUUCCCCGCCGACGGGACGUGCCCCCAGGCUGAGGUGUGCGGCGAGACGCUGAUGAAGCUGUCGGCCGGCGAG